AAAAAAAAAUCCUUCAUGUAUUGAUUUCAAUUAUUAUUUGGGGACCAGCCAAAGUGCAGACGCGAGCCACAUGCGACACGCAGGCUGCCAGCUUGCCAUCCCUGCCUCAGUCAGUGAUUAUUUGUACCCGUUGGCCGGCUUGGCCCUCAGAUGUUGUGUUGGCCGUGUGCCCCCCCCCCCCUACUAGGCUGCCCUACCCGCAAUAUUUUGGCGGUGUUGUCGCAGUGACUCCGGACCAGUACAGGAAGAUGAACGGCUUCUCCAACCAGUACUGGGGCUGGGGCCGAGAGGAUGAUGAUUUGUGGAAAAGCAGAGUGGCUCUGUCUGGCAUGAAGGUCGUGCGCCCCCCAGUGGCCAUUGGUCGUUACAAAAUGAUCAAGCAUCAACGAGACCGCGGCAAUGAGGAAAAUCCAUACAACUUUGAGGUCCUGAACAGAACCGAACUGACCUGGCACUCGGACGGCCUCAACUCUGUGACUUACGAACUCCUCUCCAAAGAGCGGGCGGCUUUCUACACACACCUCAUCAUCAGUGUGGGAGAAAACCCCCGGCCGCGGCUUCAGGAGGAAACCGCAACCGUGAGGGCGGCGGUUGCCUUAAAAAAAAGGCACUUGAAGAACUGAUCACUUGAUUUGAAAAGGACUCCUAAGUUCUCGAGG